AUGGAAGCCAAAGUCGACGAGCUGUCCAAGUCGGUGCUGAGCCAGCUGGAGGCCUCGCCACGGGACCAUCGGAUCCUGAUCGGAGUCUGCGGAAUACCAGGAUCCGGCAAGUCGUCGCUCGCCCAGCGCGUGGUGGGCACGCUCAACCGCCUCUCUCGCUCCUCUCCGCACGGCGCCAACAACGAGGAUGACAUCGCCAUCCUGAUCGGCAUGGACGGAUGGCACUAUACACGCUCCGCCCUCUCCGCCUUUCCCGAUCCAAAGGAGGCAUUCGAUCGACGAGGAGCGGAAUUCACCUUUGACUCGGCGCGGUUCGCGCGCUUCGUCCAGUCGCUCCGCCGUCCCGGCGAGGAGCUGAGGGCGCCCUCGUUUGACCACGCCCAGAAGGACCCGAUCGAGGACGACGUCGUGGUGCGGCCGUGCCACCGCGCCGUAGUUGUCGAGGGCCUCUACUGCAAUUGCAACGUGGGCGAGUGGGCCAAGGCGGCGAGCGAGUUUGAUCAGAGGUGGGUCUGUCUCAUCGCCCGGGACGAGGCGCGGAAGAGGCUCGUCAAGCGCCAUGUCGUCACGGGCGUCGCAAAGGAUGAGGAAGAGGCGAGAUGGAGAGCGGACAACAACGACCUGCCCAACGGCGACUGGUUGAUGCAGCAUCUCCUCGAGCCUUACACCAUCGUCGAGAGUAUCGCGGAGCCAGCCUGGAGCUAG